AUCGUACGACCAACAAUUCCUCUCUCUUCCUACCUACCGAACUCGCUUAAAGCAAAACAUCAUCAUCAAUGGCGUCCUCAAUUUUACUCUCACUCCCAUUUCUCUCUCCUCCAUUCCAAAAGCCUAAACCCCCAAAUUUCAAACCCUCACUUUCCCUCUCCCAAAAAUCAAUUUCCCGGCAAUUUAUCCACUCAAUUUCACUCACUACCUCAAUCAAAUGCACUCCAAAAAUUCCGCUGCUCCAACAAUGGAAAUUACUCGCCGGAACUUCCUUCGGAGACUCCGAUGACGAAGAAACCGACGCUUUUCUUGUCGGUGAAGAUUCCGCGGUUUUCGAAUUAAGUAGUCAGAAACUAAUUUCUUGGGUUUACUUCGCUGUGAUUUUAGGAGUUGUGUUAUUCGCGCUUAAUUUUCUCUGGAUUGAUAAUGCGACUGGAUUUGGCAAGUAUUUUAUUGAUGCCGUUGAGAGUGUUUUUCAAAGCCCUGAGAUGGUUGGACAGGCGAUCUGGUGUUUAGCUCACACAAUUUGGAUUGGAAACUCUGUAGCAGUCGCUGCCUCCAUCGGCUUGAUCGGACAUCACUUAUUUGGUGUUUGGAACGGGGAUAGACAGUUGGCUUUACGAUAUGGGGAUGCUUUGAGACUGUGAAGAAACGCACUAGUAUCGUUCCAUUUGCUGCGAUAAUUGAUGGACGGCAAAAGUUACCAAGAGAUUAUUACAAAGAAUUUAUUCGCCUUCCUUAUUUGGCGGUGACAGUAGUCACCGUUGGCGCUUACUUUGCUCACCCACUAAUGCAGUCAGCCAGCUUCCAGACUCCACUGGUAGGGAUAAGCUGGUUGUUCUUCCGAUGAGGUGCUGACAAGUUUUGUGAUGUAUUUAACCACCAGUUCAACAACAGUGAUAUUUAAGUGUGCGAUUAUAGCCGAGCAUUGCCGCUGGAUACUUCUGUCAUUUUUGCAAUACUUGAUACCAUCUUUCUUGGGCUCUGUUAUAUGGACUCUUCAUUUUGCAAUGUUUGGUUAGUCAUUUUUACAUUGGGAUGUCAUACCCUCUGGAUUCUCAUCCAAUUCCAAUCCUCUAGAAUCCCAUACCCUCCUACCCCAAAUUUCAAACUCCAUUCUAGGAUAUUCAAACCCUAAUUCACUCUUUGAUUUAUUUCUUUUCAAAAAUAAAUGCUAAAAAUUUGAAUCACGCAAUUUUGUUCUUCCGUAUUCUUUGGUUCCCCCGUAUUCUGUUCUUCCUCUGUUUAACCUCCGUUUCAGCCUCUCCGCCAGCAGCCCAGUCUCCUCCAUUCCAUCCUCUCCUCCAGCCUCCAGACGGUAGUAACCAACACUGCCGCAGACCGGCAAACGCACCGCCCAUAACCACCAAAGUAUAUACCUUUUUUUUUCUUUCUUUCCCUAGAAAUUUCCUCGGCCUCCUCUCUUCCUCCAAGCUAAAUUUUCAGAAAUGAUUCCAUCUCAAUUAGCCAUAGUAAGAAGAAGGAAGAAGAGACAAAUUGAAUUACUACUACUUUUCAUGGUUGUUAACAAUGUCGUCACAAUCAUGUACUUGGUGAUGUGUAUGAUGGGUGUAAUUGUUUAUGAAAUUGAACGACCACGUUAUAGCAAAAGUGAGAAGAAACACCUUAGACAAAAGCACUUGGAUGCACUAAUCAAGGAUAGUGAUAUAGUCUGCAAAAGUGAACUUCGUGUGAAUAGAAGAACCUUUUAUGUCCUUUGUGAGAUGGUCAGAGAUGUCAGUGGUUUAAAUGGCACUCGAAAUAUGUCUUUGGAGGAAAUUGUAGCUAUGUUCUUGUACACAUUGGCACAUCAUUUGAAAAAUAGGACAAUUAGAAGUCAUUUCUUUCGAAGUGGAGAAUGUGUUAGUAGAAACUUCCACCGAUGUCUUCUUGCCGUCUUAAAACUACAUACUCACUUGCUAAAAAGCCGACACCUAUAACAGAAGAUUGUGAAGUGGAUAGAUGGAAAUGUUUUAAGAAUUGUUUAGGAGCCUUAGAUGACACUCAUAUUAGUGUUCAUGUGCCAAGUGAGGAUAGAGCAAGAUAUCGGACAAGGAAAGGUUCUAUUGCUAUGAAUGUGUUAGGUGUAUGUAACCCUAAUUUGGAGUUCAUAUAUGUUCAACCUGGUUGGGAAGGAUCCGCUCAUGAUGGUCGUGUCCUUCGAGAUGCUAUUACUAGGCCUAAUGGUUUAAAAGUGCCACAAGGUUCCUACUAUUUGGUAGAUGCAGGAUACACGAAUUGUGAAGGGUUUUUAGCACCAUAUAGAGGUCAUCGAUAUCACCUUAAAGAGUGGGGGGACCGACAACCAAUUAGUGCGGAAGAGUACUUCAACAUGAAACAUUCUAAGGCAAGGAAUGUUAUUGAGAGAUGUUUUGGACUAUUAAAAGGAAGGUGGGGUAUUCUUAGGACCCCAUCCUUCUUUCCAAUACGUACUCAUGGGCGUAUAGUUCAAGCAUGUGUACUAUUACACAAUCUUAUUCGAAAACAUAUGCCAACAGAUUACACAAUGUAUUGGGAUUCCGAUAGUGAAGAAGGUGAAAGUGAUGAUGAGGGCCUAGAUGAUAAAGUUGAGUUGAUUACUCAAAUAGCUACUACGGAUGCUUGGACUACUUAUCGGAAUAACUUAGCACAAAAUAUGUUUAAUAAUUGGAGACUUAGGCAUAGUAGCCAAACAUAAAUGUUUGUUUAGUUUAUUUAGACUUAUGUUUGGGUGUUCCUUUUUAUGAUGGAAUCGAAUUUUAUGGUGUUGAGAUAUUUUUUAUGGUGUGAUUGGAUUAUUUAUUUUAUCUUGCAAAUAAUAAAAUAGCCUUAUUUGGUAAUCUUUU